AUGGGGGGUGGCAAUGUUGAAGAAUCUCCUGUGUAUACGGGCACUGUGAAGGAGACCUACAAUGUUGCUAAUGAUCAUACUCUGCAGCGCAAGCUGAAGGGCACGGGUCUCUUUCUGGGCACAGGAAGCAAUUUGGAAAAUGGAGGCCCUGCAGGUCUUCUCAUCAGUUACUGCAUUAUGGCCUCCCUGCUCUUUUCGGUCAUGGUUGCAUUGGGUGAAAUGGUGUCGCAAUUUCCUAUACCUGGAGGUCAAUUCGCUCUUGCUGAUCGCUUCGUCUCUCGCGAACUUGGCUUUGCCAUGGGAAUUCUAUACUGGUAUAAUUACAUAAUUGUGCUUCCAGCCGAAAUUUCGGCAGCAGCUGUUCUUGUCUCCUACUGGACUCCUGCAGGAGAUGUCAACGCAACUUGCACAACCGGUAUCUGCAACAAUGCAUUGUGGGUAGCUUUGAUGCUUCUGAUAGUGUGGGCGGUCAACGUGGCCGGCACACGAGUCUUUGGAGAGAUGGAGUUUUGGUUUUGUUCAAUCAAGGUCAUAACCAUCGUUGGUCUUAUCAUCACUGGCAUUGUCGUCACUGCGGGAGGAGGUCCAAAUCAUGAAGCGAUCGGGUUCAGAUACUGGAACGAAACUGGAGGAUUCGUACAAUACGAAGGCAUAGGGGGUUCCAAGGGACGUUUCCUCGGGUUUUUCAGCGUUCUCAUUCAGGCCGCAUUUGCCUUUAUUGGAACCGAGAUUACGGCUAUUGCAUCCGCAGAAACCGCAAACCCCCAGAAGAAUGUGCCUCGUGCUAUCAAGGCGGUUUGGAUACGACUUGUGCUUUUCUACGUUUGCAGCGCUUUCGUGGUUGGACUCUUAGUAUCUCCUUCAGACCCGUCUCUUAAUCUUUCAUCUACAGCAGCGAAGAGUCCAUUUGUAAUCGCUAUCAAAAAUGCUGGAAUACCGGCCUUGCCCUCCAUUAUAAACGCGGCCAUCCUCACCAGUGCCUGGUCCUCUGGUUGCGCGGAUCUUUUUGUUUCAUCCCGCACUCUAUACGGCCUUGCUGCCCGCGGUCAUGCCCCAAAUAUUUUCUUGAAAACUCGGAAAGACGGUCUGCCGUGGGUCAGUGUUCUUUUCUGCGGUGCCUUCUCAUUACUUUCUUUCAUGGCAGCCUCCAAGGGUAAAGCGGGGACUGUGUUCGGCUACUUUUCGAACAUGACCGCAAUCUGUGGCAUGAUAUCCUGGACUUGCAUCCUCUGGACCAGCAUUCGAUGGCACAAAGGGCUAAAAGUCCAUGGGAUCGACCGAAAGACUCUUGCGUACCGUGCGCCACUACAGCCAUAUCUCUCAUACUAUGGAAUGUUUGUUUGCAUCAUGGUAAUGAUCUUCGGAGGUUUCGGAUCAUUUAUUCACAAAUUCGACACGUCGUCUUUCAUUACGACUUAUUUCCCUAUACCGUUCUUCGCGGUGCUUUUCUUUGCCUACAAGUUCUGGAACAAGUCCAAGAUCAUCGAAUACGUAAAUAUGGACUUCGUCAGUGGCUCGUCCAUGGAUAUCCCAGAGGAGGUGGGCCCUCAGAACCUGUGGAGCAAGAUAAAAGAGAGAAUCUGA